UUAUCAUGAGUGCGGAUAAGAAAAGGCGGUCGUCAAAAGUGGGCGAUUCAAAUAUGGAGUUGACAGAGGUUCAAAAUAACGAAACAAAACAAGAAAAUGGAAAGAUACCGAAAAAAGAAGAAACAAAAACGCCGACGAAGGAAAAAGUCGACAAGAAGACGGACAAACCUAAAGUAAUAACCGUGAAAACUGCUGAGUCUAAGCACCGUCCCAAUAUUGUGGACAGGGUGGAAGAAAUAAUGGAGGAUAUUCACUGCUGUGUCCGGGUUCAGAAUAAGAUGUGCUUCAAAGUGUUUGUAUUCCUUGUGGUCUUAGUUCUGGACAGUGCUGAUCUCAUCUCUGAUUGGCUGCUAUUCCGUGAUGUGUUCAUCACAGAGGAGGGUCUUGUGUAUGGACCUCCGGAAGAUGCGCUCACGUACGCUUUACUAGCUUUCUCCAUUUUGGGAACUCUGACUUUUAUUUUCGAGGUGGUAAAUCUUUGGUGGGAAAUUUUCCGGGAUAAUCCUUGGGUUGAUUCUGACCUAGCCUCAACCAUCACAAUCUGGGUAGAGGAUGUCCCCCAGAUUAUCAUUAACGUUUUGAUUGUUUUGUGUCGAGAGGAGGCCAUUAGUUACUUCCAGCUCGUCAAGGCAUCUGUUUUAAUCAUCGGAGUUGUUAUAAGGAUUAUCGUGUCUCUGAUUCGAUAUUGUUCGAAAAAGAAUCUAGAGGAAGCUAAAAAACAAACAGCAGAAUCACGGCGUCACGUGGCGUAUAGGGUGUUCAUAAUGUUUGGGUUAAUGUGUAUAUUAGCUGGGUCGAUUGCUGUUUUUAUGCUGACACAAUUUGAGAGACAUCCGGAUGGUGCUAUAAAAUUUAAUUUACCAAAAACGGCGUUUGAAGGAAAAUUCCACGAAGAAAAAUAUUUUGAUAAUGUCAGUAUUUACCUAAACCAUCCAGUCUUUGACACGAGCACUGGGAGUUCUCAAGUUGAUUUUAUUCGUUUAAUUAGUAUCUAUGACAUCAGAAAUAAAGACGAUAAGAUUUUCAAACUAUCGUAUAAAGAAAGUUCAAAGGAUACAUUCAUCAUAUGGGAAUCUGAUAACAGUGACACUCUUCAGGCAAAAGAAUGUUUUAAGAUAAACAAAGGCACCAAAGCUGUAACUAUAGAGAGCACUUGUUCCCCGUCUUAUAUUUCUUCUCCAUCAGAGUUUACAUUUAAGUUCCACUUCAUAAAACCUUCCAUACCAAAGCUUAUAUUUGGUGAUAUAACCUAUAACGUCAAAGUUAAAGAAAGCGGGACAUGUCAUGAUCCAACAACAGAUAUCGUUACCAAACCAAACAAACGUAAAGGAAGCGGAAACACUCGAACUCCUGUGAUACAUUACUACCGCGCCCAUAUAAGCUCUGAAUCGCAUCUCCUGAAAUCUAAGCUAUACCAGUACCCAACUGACUUAACUGACAUAGCAGAAGUCUGGAAAACAGGAUUUGCUUCCUGUGAAAGCUCGGGGAGUUUGGCACCACAUAGAGACACAUCAUUGUCCACUAGCUGCUCAUAAAUUUGAAAAAGGGGGACAACUCCUAUGACAA